AGCACACACAGCUAUUUGUGUUUCCACACCCAUGGGGCUGGGGGGCACAGCCUGGGUUUCUCCUUUAGGAUGGAACGUGGAUACUGAGUGGGACUGAGGGUUGGGGUGCUCUGACCCCAGGACAUUCAUUUCAUGCUCCAGGGACUUUAUUUGGUGUCCACCAUGCACAUUCCUUACGGCAGCAGCUCCACAGUCCCACACAGGACACCAGGAAGAGUUUGGUGACAAAUUCCAGACAGUCUGGUUUAAAAUUCCUUGUCCAAAACCACUGAGGAUUCUUUUCAGCUGACUCUGAUGCUCAGCAAGUGACCAACCUCUCCAGCUGCCAAGAUGGUAAUAAACGUCUGUCUCCCACAGUUCAAGCCAAGAAUUCACUGCAACAAGAUCUCUGCCGAUGGCUAUGAGGUGGAGAACCUGAUCUCCGAAGACCUGGCCAGGAGGAACCGCGGCUUCCGCAGCGAGUACUUCAUCAAACCCCCGGUGCACGUCACCAUCUCCUUCCCCUUCAACAUCGAGAUCUGCAGGAUCAACAUCGACAUCUCCUCUGGGGGGUACCAGACCUUCUCUGGGCUGGAAGUUUACACCUCUACCUCAUGCAACAAAAGCUCUUGGCAGAGCCCUGAGGGGCAGUGCUCAGGUCUGGCCGGGCAGCCUGUGUCGGACAAGGACACCUUCACCCUGGUGGGAAAAGCUGUCUUAAAAAAUCAGAGCAAAGUGACUUUUGGCCACAGAGGUUUCAAGCCGAGGCCUCCCUUCCAUCAGAUGGAAAAUGUCUUCUCCUACCCCGGCUCGGUGUCUCAAGAGCUCUGGAACAAAGGCCCGGCCUCGCUCAGCAACGUGUCCCACCUAAAAAUCUGCAUCACCCACGUGGCCGGGGGGGGCCUGCCCAGCAUCAAGAGGCUGGAGGUGUGGGGACAGCCUGCCAAGUCCUGCCCACAGGAGGUGAUCGAGGGCGUCUUCCAGGUGGCCUCCCAGUUCCUGGCCCAGGACGUGGGCAGCCUCAAGCCGGAGCUCUGGACGCCCAUGGAGAGCGACUGCGUCCCCUUCAGUGCCAACGAGCAGCAGACCCUGCACAAGCUGGUGGAUGUCGUCCAAGACAUCCCUGAAGAAUUCCUGGACCCCAUCACUCUGGAGAUCAUGACUUUGCCCAUGCUCCUGCCCUCUGGGAAAGUGAUUGACCAGACCACCCUGGAGAAGUGCAACCGGAGCGAGGCGUCCUGGGGCCGUGUUCCCAGCGACCCCUUCACGGGGGUGGCCUUCAGCCAGCACUCGCAGCCCCUACCUCACCCCACCCUCAAGGCCAGGAUAGACCACUUCCUGCUGCAGCACAGCAUCCCUGGCACCAACCUGCUGGGGAGGGCUCACGCUGCAGAGGGCCUGGUGCCCUCCUCCAUCACCAUGUCUUCUCUGAAAAGGAAAAUGGACUGCAUGGAUCAGGGCUCCCUGCAGCCGCCCUAUUUUUCUGCUACAAACUUACUUGUCACGGCUACCUCAGAGAACAGUGCUAAAAAAAUGAGAACUGACAGUGACUCCCACUUGAUCCAGAUGGACUGUUCCACAGGUAUCGUGCUCCAUGAAAGGAGGCUGUCAGAGAGCUUGGACACUGCUCUGACCUCGGCUCUCAGCUCCAUGCCCUCCUUCACGGCCAAGCUGAUGAAGAGCCAGCAGCAGGCUCCAGGAGAGGGGGGCUGCAGCACUUCCUGGAGCGUGGGCACAGUCCUUGAGCACGGCAGGAGCAGCCAGACCCAGGGAUGUGCUUCCUGUGGCAAAUCCUUCUCCUGCUACUUCAAGGCAGAGCCCGUGUACCAGCUCCCCUGCGGGCACCUGCUGUGCCGGCCCUGCCUGGCCGAGCGCCAGAAGGCUCCGGCGUCCCCCAUCCACUGCGGGAGCUGCAAGAGGGCAGCAGCCACACAGGACGUCAGGAGAGUUCACUUCUGACCCCCAGGGCUGCCGGGGGGACGAGGAGGAGCUGCUGCUGUGCCCCGUGUCCGCACGGAUCCGCCGGAGGGGCCGCCGGGAGAGCCGGAGAGCGGAGAGGACUCGGCCUUGUGCUUACAGAGUAGCGGGGGGUGGGGGGUUAGAGCCGGAGCCCCAGGAUGACAAAAGCCAUAGCUUCUUUAUCAAGGAAUAUGUAUUUAUCCAGGACUGGUCUCCACCACUGCCCCGGGGCUCAGAGGUUUAGCACAGGUGCCUUUCGGACCAGCUCAGCUUCCCCUGCGAGUUCACGCCACGUUUGACCAGCAGCCACCCGGUUGUGGAGCAGGUAAAGUCCUUGUGAGUGACAACACACACAAAGCCCCCUCUGACUUCCUCCCCUUCCCCACCUUGCCCUCCCCUCCCUGCUGGGAGCGUCUCCAACCCUGGAAUCAGCAGCGAGAGGCCGUGGUUGGGGUGUGAGGAGCUGGCAGUGAUCUCACCCUGCUCAUCCAGACUCUUGUAGAAAAGCCAUCCCAUCCCACCCUCUCGGUUUAUGUCGUGUGACCAGCCCAGCUCCUGGCUGGCUGAUAGACAUUUAAGCCUUAAUAAAAUGUUUAAAGUCAG